AUGCAGUUAACAGUACUCUUUCUUCUAAUGGCAACUGUUAUUGGUGCAGCUCAAUCUCAGUCAUGGGCCGGCACUUAUACAGUUGAUUCAUCGUGCAACACAACCAGUUGCUGUUGUUUAAGUGGAAAAGCAGUGUUGACAAGUACGACAAAUGGCUAUUCAGUUAACUCCAGUGCGAGCAGUUUGUGCAACAGUAACAGCACUUUCACAGGUACUCUUUCUACAACUAAUUAUACGGGUUGGAUUAAGGUAAACAGCGAUAAUGAUACAGUAACACUCAGCUCCGACAGUCUCACUAUUACUAUCAACGAUACAACCAAUUCAACAUGCACUAACAAGUUAAUCAAGAGUGGUGCCCUGGCACAACAUGCUAAUAUCAUCAGGUUAUUAGCUUUAUUUCUAUUUGGUAUGAUGAUUAAUGUCUUAGCCAAAUGA